AUGGACCCGGGCGUCGCGGUCGCGCUGGUCCAGGGCUGCGGCGGCGAGCCGGAGCUCCUGCGCGGGUUCGGCGCGAGCCGCGGCGCCGCAGCCGCGGCGCCCGUGACCGAGCACACGCUCUUCGAGAUCGGGUCCCUGUCGAAGACGCUCGUGGCGCUGGCCCUGGCGACCCUGGGCCAGGGCGACCUGGCCACCGCGCUCUUCCCGGCGCGGGAGCUCUCCUGGCGCCUCGGCGCGCUGGAGCCGGCGGGGGCCCUGCGCGCCGGCUUCGCGUACUCGAACACGGGCUGGGACCUGGCGGGCGAGUGCCUCCGCGUCGCCGCCAACGCCUCCUCGUGGUGCGAGGCGGUGCGCGCGCGGGUGCUGGAGCCCCUGGGGAUGGCGGAGACCUUCUGCGACCGCAACUCGGUCCCAGAGGCCGCCGCCGCCCGCGUGGCCGGCGUGCACGUGGCCAGCCCGUGCGACGGCCUCUCCAGGCCCUCGCGCUGCUUCCGCCGCCCCGCCGCGCGGGCGCCGCCCCUGCGGGCCUUCAACCUCAGCAGGAGCGGCCCGCCGGGCUCCUUCGGCUGGGGCGCCGCAGAGGCCGCCGGCUCGGUCCUGAGCUCCGCCUCCGACAUGUCGAGGGUCAUGGGGCUCCUGCUCCAGGCCUCCCCUGGUUGUGGCGAGCCUGCCCCCGUGCGGCGCGAGACGCUGGCGGAGAUGCUCUCGGGCCAGAUGGUAGUCCCGGCCUCUUGGCCACGGCAGCUGGGCGUCCCUGGUGCGGGAGGCGCGGGCGCAGCGCUGGCGGCGGGCCUCGGCUUCGACGUGGUGGGGCGGCUUGGGCCAGCCGGGGCCGGCGAGGCGCUCGCGGGGCAGGCCUACGCAGAGAAGAACGGGGACACCGCGAUGCACAAGGCGAGAUUGGGCCUGCUGCUUGAUAGCGGCUCGGCGGUGCUGCUGUUGGGAAACAUGGGGGGCGAGGUGGGCGACCCGCUCGCCGCGCUGAAGUUCGGGGCCCUGGCGCUCGCCGCUGGGGCCAGCGAGCAGCAGGCCGACGACGCAGCGGAGAUGUCCCUGAACGCCUCGGGGUACUGGCAGAGCUGGUUCCUGCCCAGCGCCACCUGCACGCCGUGCGGCACGGCGCUCUCCAGCCUGGGCUUCUGCCUGCCCGGGAACAGGACCUCCCCCAGCGUCGCCGCCUCUGCCCUCGCGGGGGCCUACGGCGACGACUUCUACGGCAGCAGCGUGCUCCGCGUGCGCGAGGAGGAGGGCGGCGGGCUGCGGGCCAGGCUCGGCCCCGUGGACGCGGCGCUCCGCUUCGGGCCCGGGAACAUGGACACGACCAUGCCCUGCGCGCAGCUGGAACAGUCUCUGGCGCUGCCGGCGUGGAUGCGCGGGCCGCUCGCGCGCUCGGGCGGGUCUUGCCGCGCCGUGGAGCUGCGCGCGCCCGCAGAGGCCCCCGCCGCCGGCGUCAGCGCGCGGGGGCGCAGCGCAGCGUUCCCGUGGACCUGCGGCACGUUCCCGCUGCCCGACGCGCUGCCGAUCUUCCUCGUUGUGGACGGCCGCGGCGCCCGCUGGGCCUUCCUGCCCACGGCCGGGGUGCUGCUGCCGCGUCGGGGCCCCGCAGGGGAGGGGCCGCCCGCGCAGGCGCUGGUGGUGUGA